CACUAAAACAGAAGGUGGCUAAUGACUUAAGACUGCACGAAUGCCUGGCGACGGGCUGGGUGUGAUUAACAAGUAAACAUUCUGUCUGCCAUAUUCAUUUCGGGCGUAGUCUGACCGAUCCCAGCAGAGGAACAAGUGUUUGCGGGUGCUUUUUUGGUGAAAAAAUGUUACAAUUUUAAGUAAAUUCUCAACCGAACAUAAACAAAUCGACAGUUGUUAGUGAGUGCGACAUUUGUGGUGCGUAAAAAUGGCGAUUUUGUGGCGCUGUUGUGCGCUGCUAGCUCUUAUAAUCGCGGUGGGUGUGUUGGCCCAGUACGAAUGGCAACCGAGGGAUGCUUUCGAUGAAGUCAAAGUUAAAUUUGAUCGAGCCACUGCCGAUAAUUGUCCGAUUCUACACGUUGCUGAUCUAUUCCUGCCGGACGAUACGGUGUCCCAUCUGCCGGACAUCAAAGAAUUCAACCAGAAUCCGAUCUUCCCGAACCGAACGGCACUGUUGCUACUACACAACAUGGCGCUUACCCGCGGCUUCUAUUGGAGCUACAUUCUGCAAAGUCGCUUCAUUCGACCGGCCAUCAACGAUACCUACGAUCCGGGUAUGAUGUAUUACUUUUUGUCCACCGUGGCCGACGUGUCCGCCAAUCCAUCGAUCAACGCUUCGGCCAUAUACUUUUCCCCGAACAGUUCCUUCUCCUCCUCGUACCGAGGCUUCUUCAAUAAAACGUUCCCCCGAUUCGCUCCCCGAACGAUCCGGUUGGACGAUUUCAACGAUCCGAUUCAUCUGCACAAAAUCUCCACCAUGAACACUUUUGACGUGCGGGAUCUGGGUGCUUUUUCGCCGGAGGCGAUAUCGCACGAUUAUACGACCGAUUACUACAAGAUCAACGAGUGGUACAAGGCCUGGCUGCCGGAUAUCGUGGAGAAACGGCAUGACACGAAAACAACCUACCAGGUGGAGAUCCGGUAUGCUAACAAUACGAAUGAGACGUUUACCUUCCACGGGCCACCGGGUGCUGAUGAGGAUCCCGGUCCGGUUAAGUUCACUCGGCCUUACUUUGACUGUGGCCGUUCGAAUAAGUGGCUAGUGGCGGCCGUUGUACCGAUUGCGGAUAUCUACCCGCGGCACACGCAGUUCCGGCACAUUGAGUACCCGAGGUACACCGGCGUAUCGGUGCUUGAGAUGGACUUCGAACGUAUCGACAUCAACCAGUGCCCGCGAGGCGAAGGUAACAAGGGCAAGAACAAGUUCGCCGACACGGCCCGAUGUAAGAAAGAAACAACCGAAUGCGAACCGCUGGACGGCUGGGGUUUCCGGCGAGGAGGCUACCAGUGCCGCUGUAGACCCGGCUUUCGACUCCCAUCGGUGGUACGACGUCCGUAUUUGGGUGAAAUUCUGGAGCGAGCUUCCGACGAACAGUACUACAAUGGGUUCGAUUGCAAAAAGAUCGGUUGGAUGCAAAAGAUACCGAUCCAGUGGUAUCGGCUACCUCAGUACACUCGGGAUAAGUACCUGAGCCAUUACUAUGAGUACAAGAACUUCACCAAGGGACCGACGGCGGUGCACUCGGAAAAGGUAAACGUCAACGAAGUGCUGAACUUUGUCCUGGGAGUCAACGAGAACACCUGCCAGAACUUCCACCCACAGGAUCUGAUACUGAACGGAGACGUUAGCUUCGGUGCAGAUAAACAAUUCAUCAACGAAGCCAAGAUGGCACUUCGUCUGGCGAACUUCAUCAGUGCAUUCCUGCAGGUGUCCGAUCCACUCGAAGUGUACUCCGGCAAGCGAGUUGCCGAUAAGCCGCUGACCGAGGAUCAGAUGAUGGGUGAAACGUUGGCUCUGGUACUGGGUAAUUCGAGGAUCUGGACGGCUGCCACCUACUGGGAACGUAGCAAGUUCCCGAAUCGCACCCUGUUCGCCCCAUUCGCCUAUAAAACGCAGAAGAACACCCGAAAGUUCAAACUGGAGGAUGUAGCUCGAAACAACAAAACCGGACAGGACUACACCAAUCUGCCUUACUUUAAACUUCUGAAGCAACGCUGGGCCGCUAACUUUGAUUCGUUGGAGAAGAACUACAUGAAGAUGCGCAUUCGGCACAACGAAACAGGGGAACACUUGCAGAAGUACGAACGCUUUCCGAACUUUUACCACGCCGCUACGCUGGAUCACGGCUUCUGGACGACUCCGCAGUUCCACUGCAAGGGCUACGUGAAGAAGUGGCUCAUAACCUACGCGGCGCCCUUCUUCGGCUGGGACAGCCUGAAGGUGAAGCUCGAGUUCAAGGGAAUCGUUGCAGUUUCAAUGAAUAUGCUACAGCUGGAUAUCAACCAGUGUCCGGAUGACUAUUACGUACCGAAUGCAUUCAAGAAUACCCACAAAUGCGACGAAAAGAGUUCAUACUGCGUCCCCAUCCAGGGCCGUGAGUACGAGCUGGGCGGCUACAAGUGCGAGUGUCUGCAGGGUUUCGAGUACCCGUACGAGGAUCCGAUCACCUACUUCGACGGCCAGCUGGUCGAGGCCGAGUUCCUCAACAUCGUCAACGACGACCAGAGCCGCUACGAUACGUUCAAGUGCCGGCUGGCGGGAGCUACAUCGCUGCGCGUCGGUUUCACCCUGCUCAGUGCGGUACUGCUGCUCGGUUGGGUACUGCUGCGACGGUGGAGUCGAUAGAGGAUUGCCGCCACAGCGCGGGAGUGUAAUCGUACUUUCCGAUGAGCCGACCGAGCGAAUAUCGCAUCGAAGGAAAUGAUGUGCUUUCCGUCAUUUUUUAACAAAAAAUAUUUUACAAUAGGAUUAAUAGGUUUAUAGACCUUCGCAGAUAUAAGUGCCUCAAUUCAAGCAGUGGACCACA